GCGGCGGGAGUUGCGCAGCCGUACUGAGCAGCUGCAGGGUUUGACAGAGUCAGCGGCGGAAAGGGAGCCUCGCCUCAGAAUAAAAUAUUGUUUUUGAAACCUACUAAGCAUCAAAACAUAAAAGUAGAGCCAUAAAAACGACACGCAGUUAAGUGCAAGCCGUAACAGGAGUUUUACCAUGAUCCGUUUCAUCCUUAUUCAGAACCGCGCUGGCAAAACCCGUUUGGCUAAGUGGUACAUGCAGUUCGAUGAUGAUGAGAAACAGAAGCUCAUCGAGGAAGUCCAUGCUGUUGUGACUGUUCGUGAUGCUAAGCACACCAACUUUGUGGAGUUUCGAAACUUCAAGAUAAUUUAUCGACGCUAUGCUGGACUCUACUUCUGUAUUUGUGUAGAUGUCAACGACAAUAAUCUGGUCUAUCUGGAAGCUAUCCACAACUUUGUGGAGGUUUUGAAUGAAUAUUUCCAUAAUGUCUGUGAAUUAGAUCUUGUCUUCAACUUCUACAAGGUGUAUACAGUGGUGGAUGAGAUGUUCCUAGCUGGAGAGAUCAGAGAAACAAGCCAGACCAAGGUGUUAAAACAACUGCUCAUGCUACAGUCCUUGGAGUGAACAUCAUAAGGACACUUCAGCGAGAGCAGCUUAAAUGCAAGCUCCACUGGUGCAUAUGUGUGUGUGUGUGUGUGAGAGAGAGAGAGAGUGUGUGUGAGGGAGAGAAAGAGUGAGAGAAGAGCAGAGAGGAAUGAAUGUAAACUAUAGGGAACAAUGAAUGUUAACCCAGUUACUGCAGGACAAAGACCACUUAAUCCACCUGAAACGUCCUACAAUGCUUCACAAUUGAUUCAGGAGUUAAUCUGGUUGUAAGGCACUUCUGGUUAUCUGACUGUUGAUUAAUUAGUAUCCAUAUACUGUACAGUACUGGGCAAAAGUUUUAAACACAUAUAUAUAGCUCGGGUGUCUCAGUUCUUUGCACAGUACUGUAUUUGUCAACGUGGAGCAGGUAUGGCAGGAGCAAAGGAUGUUGGGAAUGGUGAAGGUGGAGCACUGCAGGAGGGGGGUGGGACAGGUGGCAGAGAAGGAGUGCCAGGGUCGGGGGGUGUCACAGGUGUAGACACACUCAGCCCUGGGACACCAAAUAAGGUCAUUUGACUCCGAACAAUUGGUUUAUUGAUCAUUAUGGAAUGUCUCUCUGGUGCUUCCCUAUCCCUCCCCGCUCCCUUCCCCUUUUCCCAGCCAUAAUUCCCCUCUCCCUGCCCCCCUCCCACUCUCAGUCCACAAUAGAGACCCAUAUGAAAAUCAGGUUUAUCAUCACUCAGAUAUGUCAAGAAAUUUGUUUUUUUUGCAGCAGCAGCAGUACAGUGUAAUACAUAAAAUUACUACAGUCCUGUGCAAAAGUCUUAGGCAGCUUAGCCCAAGAGUUUUGCACAGUACUGUAACUCUGCCUUGCAAAUACUUGGUUCAGAGCAGUGUGGUAUAUCACCAAGAGAGCACAUGUACAGUUACACUACAAUGUCCAUAAUGUGAACUGAGGCACCAGACCAAGUGCUCAUUGGUAGAACACACCCCACACAAACCAAGUUAGUGUUGUCAUUGGAAGUUAAUGUGAAGGCACGGAGGAAUUUUCAUAUUCUGCCUUUGUUACAUUUGCCCACGUUGUCCUGACUGAGACAGUCAUUCAAAAUACUGGUAAUGGGACCAAAUUUGAUCUGAAAUUCAUGUGAGAAUCACACUUAAAAUGAUGUGAUGAAUUGCUGCCAAGGUGUUGUUUAAGAUCACCAGUCAGAGCUCCAAAAAGCCAAUACGCUUUCAACUGUUUGCACAUUUUUGCUGACUGUUUGACGACUUCUUGUUUCAAAGAAGCUAAGCUAUUCAGCCCCAGAUUCAAAGUUACCUUGAGCUGCUACCUAUUUGAGUUUAUCACUGAAAUUUCUGACUGGGAAUUCGGACUUGUUGCUGGAGUACUAUUCUGUGCAUAUUUUACACCCCACAGCACACCUUGGCCCUGUGACAUUUAUUCUUGGCCUAACAGCUCUCUUCUUUGAAGGACGGGGUUUUCCACAAACACAUUUGAAUGUCGCUCAGGGGAAACUGUAAUGGAUGCAAAUCACCUGUCAAAUAGCCAGAAUUCAGGAACCAGUAUUAGUUCACAGACAUCAGUGUUUUAUAUAUAAUUAUUACAUCAAAGUGUCUGAUUAUUGUUCACUACCCACUUUCUAAUCCCCCUGCCCCCUCCCAACCAAAAAAAAAGGAAGUGCAGUUUGUGAUAAUUGAACCACUUAAUAAAACUACACGAGAACCCACUGUAGAAUCAAUUUGCUUGAAUCCAUUGACUGGAUCCCCGAACAAAAGUGACACCGCUGACUGUCAGCAUGUUGCUCAUUCCUGCUAAUUAGCACCGAAGCCUCUGGAUCUAUGAAUAAGCGAAGCAGUGAAAAUCCUUCCAGCUCAUCCGAUUUGCAGAAUAAAUCUGUACGUCAACUGAAGAGUCCCUAUUCCUGACUUAAUUCAUUUGGUUACAGGGUUGUGUUUCUCUGAUUGGCGUAACCUGUACUUGGAUAAAGCAAAAUGCUUCUCUGACACUGUUUUAAAUUUCUUUUCAAUAACAUUUGCCCAGUCCUUGUUUAUUGCAUUUGAAUGGAGUUCACGUGUGUGGAGAGAUUUCACUUUUACUUAUUGAGCCAAAAUGUUGUAAUUAUCAGUAGAAAUGUCCUGUUAUGUGGAGGCAGUAACCUGUCACAAUAAAUGCAAGAAGUGUUCCUUGUGUGUUUUGAAAGAAGCAACGUCAGCUAAGCGUCUUUGGGAAGCCUUUGUGAAGCUUUACUAACCUGCUGGGGGAGUUAACCACGUAAUCCAGCCUGAUUCUUCCCCCCAGUGUGACCCCAAGGGAAUGCUUUUCACCACAGGUGCUGACCUUCAGAUGAUCCCUUAA